CCGCCGCCGCCGCCGCCGCCGCUCUCCGUUUGCUUAUUAGUCUUAGUCAUUCUAUCUCCUCUCGUUCGCAGAUUGCGUUCUUUAAUUUACUCAUCAUUGAGUGAAGUACCUUUUCUUACUCCAUCAUUAGCUAAGCUGGAACUCAAACGAGGUUAAAAGAUGCCACGAACAACCACCGUAGAAUCCGCUGGCUGUCCUCCGCUUCGCGCCCUAACUUUCGAUGUUCUCGGUCUCAUUAAAGUUACAGAAGCUCGGAGUCAGCAAGGAGGAGUUGCUAAGGUGGUAGAGAGAUGGGGGGAGCCUGACUCCUCUCGAUGCGUGCUUGCCGCUUCUAUGAAUGACCGUAAAAUUGAUCCUCUGUUAGCUGUUGCAAGGAAAAAUGGCGCGAUUGAGUUACUUAGCCCUGUUAAUGGAGAUGUUCGAGCUUCUUUUACCAUUAAGAACCAAGCUGAUGUUCAGUCUCAAGAAGAUGACAUUGUUGGGUUGCAUUUAUUCAAAAAACGGACCUCAGAGUCAUCAUCCAGGUCGUGCACCUUGCUUACAUGCACAAUGAAAGGGCUUACAAGCCUGAGAUCUACGAUAAUUCCGAAAUCCCCAGGGGACUCGACUUGUGAUGAUCCUCCAACAACAUGGAAUGUGUGUGCAGCUGGUAAUGUCUUGUGUUGUAAAGUGGAUGAAAGUGAAAACUAUGCCUUAUAUGGAGGGAAGGGAGUAGAGGUUAAUAUCUGGGAUCUUGCGACGCAUACGAAAAUCUGGACGGCAAAAUCACCUCCUAAAAACAGCCUUGGUAUAUUUACACCUACUUGGUUUACUUCUGCCACAUUUUUAAGCAAAGAUGAUCACCGCAAGUUUGUGGCAGGCACCAACAGCCAUCAGGUACGUCUCUAUGAUAUGUCUGCUCAGAGAAGACCUGUCAUGUCAUUUGAUUUUCGCGAGACCCCUAUUAAGGCCGUCACUGAAGAUCUAGAUGGUAAUACGAUAUACAUUGGGAAUGGGUCUGGUGAUCUUGCAUCUGUUGACAUACGCACAGGGAAACUACUGGGAUGCUUUUUGGGGAAAUGCUCCGGAAGCAUCAGAUCAAUAGCUAGGCACCCAGAUCUCCCAGUGAUUGCCUCUUGUGGACUCGACAGCUAUUUACGCAUCUGGGAUAUACAAUCAAGGCAGCUACUCUCUGCGGUCUUCUUAAAGCAGCAUCUCACAAAUGUCGUCUUCGAUUCUCAUUUUAACGAUGAAGAAGUUGCUUCUGUGGCCCCUCUGCCUCCAAGUGAGGUAAAAGAUGACGAAGAGCUAAAAGACGGAGACGAAGAGGAGUCGCCACCCGUUGUUAAACGGAAGAAGAAAAAAUCCAAAUCAUAUGCCGUAGAUGGAACCGAGGAUGAGCCACGGGAAAAGAAAAAGAAAUCCAAAUCAUAUGCCGUAGAUGGAACCGAGGACGAGCCACGGNAAAAGAAAAAGAAAUCCAAAUCAUAUGCCGUAGAUGGAACCGAGGACGAGCCACGGAAAAAGAAAAAGAGAUCCAAGUCAAAAGCCGUAGAGGUUGGCGUUAUGUAAAAGAUGAUUACUUGUUGGAGUUACCGUCUUUAAACCCGAUUUUGUAUGUGAUUUACAGCUUAUGCAUGACUGAAAAACUAAUAGAAGAUAUGUCUCGACAUAUAUGAAUCAUUUGGCAUUCUACCAGACCAUAUAAGACCCAUUUUAAUGAAGAUGCCAAUAAUCGUAGGGAAAUCAUGUUUAGGUCUAAUU